AUGGAAGAUGCAUAUUUAAAAAACGAAUUAAUUUUAUUAUCCAAUUUCAAAAAUUCAACAUAUUCAUAUUCAAGGAAAAAAAAUGAAUUUAUUUUCGACUUUAAUUAUGAAAAUAAAUUGAUUGAUAACAAUAAUAUUUUAAUUAUAAAAUUAAAAUCGAAAACUAUUAAUAAUAAUAGUCUUGGAAAUAGUGAUAUUAAAAAUCAUUUUACUAUAUUUAGUGAAGAAAUUUCAGAUCCUAUAUUAUACCAACAAAAAGCUGUUGAUUUGAUUAGUAUUAAACUAACUGAACUCUUUGUUAAUUGUUUUUAUACACAACAUGAAUACAAAUCAUUAUUUAAUAAUUCGAGAUGUAUAAGAUUUAUUAUAUCACAUGAAGAAAGUAUUAAAAUUAUCGAUUUUAUUAAACAACAAAAAAGUAUUAUAUUUGAAAGACAUCAACAUACUAAAAUUAGAAUUCAAAAAUCGAAAAUACUUAAAGUAACAGAAGAAGAAAAAAAUUUGGAAAAUAUUCUCAAUUCAUUUAAUAAACUAGAUAUUAAUGAUGAUAGAAAAAAAGAAUAUGAAAAUUAUAAAACUAUUUUUAGUAUUCGAUCACCUAUUGAAACAAUUAAUGAUAUUAUUAAUAGUUCCAAUAUUGAUGCUGAAGAUCGUAAAGUCAUUUUUAAUAAUUUAAAAGAAGCAGUUAAUAAUAUAGGUUUAAGUUUAGAAAUAGAUUUAAACAAACCUAUAUCAGGUGAUAAAACACCUACAAAAAAUACUUCUGAAGAAUAUCACAAAGAUAAUCAAAAUUCAGACAACAUUGUUAAAACUGAACCAAACAUGGAAAUAUUUUAA